AUGUCAACUGCUGCUUCUCAUUAUGCGGAUUACAGUUCAGCAUGUCCACGAUGUCAACAAAUAAUCAAUACAAUUGAUAUAACAUUUCAACAAGGAAUAUUUAUCUAUGAUUUGACAUUUAUUCAGCAAGAACUUGAAUCUGUUCUUGUUGCUGCUUUACAACGUCAAAAUCAGCUUGCGAAUUCUGAUGGAGAAAAUUUAGAAUUACCAUUAUCAUCUAUGAUGCAAUUGUCGAAUGGUAAAAAAGCACGGGAUUUCAAAGCAGAACGUGAACGAAAGCGUAAAGCAUUUAGUGGACAAAUAUCAAGAAAACGUCGCAAGCGAAGAAAAACUUCUACGUUAACUUUCUUAAAAUCACUUAAACGUGAAUGUAAUGGAAAUAGUUCUUUAUCGGUAAAAAAAGAUUUAUUACAAACAAAAACGAAUGGAAAUUCAACACGCCCAAUACGAUCAUAUCGUCCGAUAAAUUUCUCUUAUCCAUAUAAUAAUGAAACAAACUAUCGUCAUGGCAAUCAAAAUCAUGUAUCCAAUAAUAAAUUACAAUUGAAUAAUAUUCCACAUCCAGAUCAAUUUUGGACUAAAAUUAAAAAUCAUCAACAUGAGUUUUUAAAACAAAACGGCUUUAGUUAUAUUGAAAAAUUAAUUAAUAUUGAUCAAUCAUUAUUAAAUAAUUUCGAUUAUGAAAAAAUUUAUAGCCAAUACAAGGAAAUAAUUCAUUCAGAUGAAUAUCUUUUAACAAAAGAAAAAUAUUUACAUCCUGAAUUAGAAUAUUCAGUUGUAUUAAAACAAAAUUUGCAUUUGUAUAAUUUAGUUGAGAAUAUAUCAAAUAGUAAUCAAACAAAAAAUAAUUCAACAUUAAACAAUCAUCGAUUAAAACGCAAACAUUCUGCUAUGUCAAAUAAUCAAAAUUCAUCGGAAAUCGAUGAUUCAAUAUUGAAUUUAUUUCGACGUGAUAAUAAUGACUUCUCGUCCAAAUAUGCUGAACUGCAAUAUCGACUUGCGGAAUCUCUUCAUUUAGAGCGCCUAGCUCUUCAUCGUGCUGAACAACAAAAUAAACUUGACCGUAGUCUUAUCGAAUUAACUGAUAUUGAUGAUAAAGUUCUUGAAAUAACAAAUUCAAUUCGUUUACGUAAACGUCCAAGUGAGAAUGUUAUUUCAUUAUGUAAAUAUGUCAAUCCGAUUACUGCUACUACUACUAAUAAUAUUAAUAAUCAUGAACAAAAUGGAAAUAAUGGUAGCGAAGCAUGGCGUAAAGGACGCCGUCGAUCAACUUUACUUGUAUACGAUGAAUUAGCACGAUUAGUUGAUGAACGAAUCAAUAUAGAAAAACAGCUUAUCGAUUUUUAUCCAUCGAUUGAAAUUUAA